CGAGCAUCGGGGGUGGAGUGCAGGGGGUGGUCGCCGGGAUUUGUGGACCAGCGAGCGCGUCCCUCGCGGCGACAGAUUACGUGACGGCGGCAUGCUAUCCCCCGGGACCUCAGCUCACCCUGACCGCCUCUCACCCUCAGCCCCACGUCGUUGAUCCCGCGAUGACGCCCACCUCGGCGCCGGUACCGACUCCGACGACGGCGUCGGGACCCAACAACCCGGUCGCCAUGAGCCAACUGGGAACCGUCUAUGCCACCAAAAGACGACGUCGAAAUGGAAAAAGCUUAAAACCACCGCAAAAGGAUGGGGUAACGAAGUCGAAUCCGAGCAAACGGCAUCGCGAGCGAUUGAACGCCGAACUGGACACUCUGGCAUCCUUGCUUCCGUUCGAACAAAAUAUUCUCAGCAAGCUUGAUCGACUCAGCAUCCUCAGACUCAGCGUCAGCUAUCUUCGAACGAAGAGCUACUUUCAAGUGGUGAUGCACAAAGACAAGGAAGAGAAUUCGCACCACGAUUCGCAUUACCGGGCGAGGGAAUUGGCGGCGUUCGCUGCCUACGACCAUCAUCAUCUCGAUGGCGAAAUGUUCCUGCAGGCGCUGAACGGGUUCCUGCUCAUACUGACCUGCGACGGCGAAGUGUUCUUCGCCACUCACAGCAUAGAAAGUUACCUUGGCUUCCAUCAGUCCGACAUCGUCCAUCAAAGCGUUUACGAGCUGGUGCACAGUGAAGAUAGAGAGGAACUCCAAAGGCAGCUCAUGUGGAAUUCUUUUCUGCCCGCCGAAAGUGCGAGUCUCCCCUUGCACGACGCCCUUUCACCCCAGCACAGUCAUCUUCUCGAGCGCAGCUUCACCGUCCGCUUCCGGUGUCUCCUGGACAACACUUCCGGCUUUUUGCGUUUGGACAUCAGGGGACGAGUCAAGAUACUCCAUGGCCAAAACAGGAAAACGGAAGAGCCGCCGCUGGCUUUGUUUGCUCUGUGCACGCCGUUCGGCCCACCAUCGUUGCUCGAAGUUCCGCAAAAGGACGUGAUGUUCAAAAGCAAGCACAAGCUCGACCUUGCGCUGGUUUCUAUGGACCAACGAGGAAAAAUGUUGUUGGGAUAUUCGGACGCGGAACUCGCGAACCUUGGUGGCUAUGAUCUAGUCCAUUACGAUGAUUUGGCGUAUGUUGCGAGCGCUCAUCAAGAACUAUUGAAAACUGGAGCAUCGGGCAUGAUAGCGUACAGAUUCCAAAAGAAAGACGGCGGGUGGCAGUGGCUGCAGACUAGUUCCAGGCUAGUUUACAAGAACUCGAAGCCCGACUUUGUCAUCAGCACGCAUCGGCCACUCAUGCAAGAGGAGGGCCGGGAUCUUCUCGGUAAACGAACAAUGGACUUCAAAGUGAGCUAUCUGGACGCCGGCUUGACGAAUAGCUACUUCUCGGACAGCGACAGCCUCACAGGUUCCGUGAUGACGCCGACACUUCCCAGCCAACCGACGUCACAGAGAGUGAACAGGCGGUACAAGACCCAGCUGAGAGACUUCCUGUCCACCUGUCGAAACAAACGUACCAAACUGACCGCUCAAUCGUCCGUUUCUCCACCCGCCACACCCACUGUCGCAUCCGUGGAUUACCUCGCGGCUGAUACCAGCGCUGCGGCUGCAGUUGCAGCAGCGUACAGCAACCUGAACACGAUGUACCCGACUGCUUACGCACCUACUGCGGUCGCAGCAAGCACGGAUCCCUCGUUGACCACGUAUAUUGGUCACACUGGCAACUAUCACCAGACUUUGUACCCAGCUACUGCGUUGGACAAUAGGUACCUUACCGCAGCAACGGAAAACCUAUUCCAAUACAGGCCUCUGGGCUCCUAUUAUCCAGAGUACCAUACCAGCACAGCAUACAACGGUUUCAUCGACGUCUCGCUACCUACUUACGAGACGCAUCAACUAACGAGUAAAGCGGAAGAAAAGCUGUAUUGCCAACAACUGGGCGAAUCUCCUAAGUACAGCUACGUAGAAACCAGACAUCCUAGCAGCGUCAGCGGGUCCCCGUAUGCAGCCAGUCCUGUUGCGAGUGCAUCGACGAUGCAUACUGCAACGGCAGACAUUAACAUCGUCCGUGCUGGUAGCAGGCACUCCCUGGAAGGCGGAGCUUCCUCCAGCAAUUCCGCUGGAAGUUCCCCGGUAACCGGACCUACGAACGGCGUACUCACUCCGAAAAUAGAGGACGUGAAACCGGAAGUUUACGGAAAUGAGGCGCCACGACAAACUGUUCUCAUGUGGGGAGCGCCCCCUGCGCGUACUCCACCGAGAAACAACGGCAGCUACAGUCCACCCACGCCACAUUCCACCCAUUCCUCUACACAUUCCACUAACGCUAACGCUGGAGAUCCGCUCAAGUCUCUGGCGGAAAUGAAUUCCAUGAACGGCGAGUGCAAAUGGCGACAGACGUCGCCAAGCGAGCAACAGACUACCGCGCCCAGUUCACCGAGGACCAAGGCGCAGCCACAGCAACAGCACCAACACCAUCAACAGCAACAACAGCCUCAACAACAACAGCAGCAGCAGCAGCAGCAACAACAACAGCAUCAGCAGUACCCAGUGACCACAUCUCAGUAUCAAGCAGCAGCGGCAGCCGCGGCUGCAGCUGCGGCCGCAGCAGCCAGCACUAUCGGAUACGCGCACUCGCAUCCAGGCCAUGGCCACGGGGAAGCGGGCUCCGAGCACACCCCCGUCAGCUGUGGGAACGGGGACGGGAAUCGGCAUGGGCAUCGGACCGGACAGCAACACCAGCAACAGCAACGUCUUGUACCAUCCACCGCACCACCACCCUCAGCACCAACACGCGGUGGCAUCAUCAGCGGCGGGAAUGGGCCCAACUGUCCCUCAGAUUCCAAACCGGACGCCGGGAGUCCUUUGUUGUCCAUCUCUGAGGUGACUAACACCCUGCUCAACCAAUAGUCUCUUCGUGACCUCAGCAUCGCUCCGUUUCAGUGAUCAAGGUAUCUCCCAGGAGAUAGUUUCACCGAGGCGAAUCGCAAAACGCGUGACUGUACCAUACAGAUAAUACCGGUUGAAGUUGUUAAGAGUGUUGCCGUAUAAUGCUGUAACAUAACACACUUAUUUACAGUUAAUGCCCGACGUUGCUACGACGUAUGUGCAUGUACGCCUGAUUACGUUCGUUCGACCGUAUUGUUAAGUUUUCGCGAGAGUUCUCCGGGGGUCGUGCAGAGUUUCGAGUCUCCCGCUCGUGGAAUUGUGAAACCACGUGAAAGGGUAUGAUUACGGAGAUCCUCGUUGGCUGUAUUCGGCUGAAAAUCGACGUUUACUACUCGUACUACGUUUGCGCGAUAGGAAAAGAUAGCAAUUUUCUUGCGAGCCGGAAGAUUGUAAUUUAAAGAUACGUUUGUAAUUAACAUAUCGACAAUGUUCGAAUUUGUAAACAAUUCACUUGGAGUGUGGCUAGCGUGACCCUUUGAUCCCAAUGGCAACAAUUUUUGUAAGUUUCUUCUAUUCCUUGUAAUUAUAAAAAAUAAGCGUGACACGCAGAAGAUCUCUGCCUUCCAUGAAAAUCUUCUCAGGCGAAUAUUUGAAUGGUUCUUGCUAAAGGGACGCGAUAACCACACUUCCACCCUUCAUCCUUUGAACAGGAAAAAGAGCAAUAUAGAAUUCCGUCGAGGAGCACAAAAUUAAUUGCCUCGAUCGAGCUAUGAGAAACGCAACACAUACGGAGUUUAGUUUUAAAUUAGGCCUGCGUAUAUUGUGUGAUCGUUCUGUACGUACUAUCGUUCUUUUAUUCUUUCUUUCUUUGUUGAUCCUUCGCGACAUCGGGUAUCAGAUAUUAUCGGUAUUGGAUCGCGAAGUGUUCUCGUAAGGGGUUAAUCGUGUCAUUGCGUUUUUGUGCGUGUAAUCAUUUUUUAAUGGAGUACACAUGAUUCUGUGAUAUGUGUUAGGUAACUUAAAGUGCGGUAUUCUUCUAAAAGAUAUUUAAGAUUCGUGUACGCGUAACUGAAAACGAGGAAAAAUUGAAGGGAAUUAGACAAACGUUCAAUGUUUGCCGCACUUAUACGAGGAAUCGAAUUACAAUACCAUCGCGAAACAUUCCAUCUCAUACUCCAAAUCCUAUUAUGGAUGGACCAAAGUAUAUAAUACGUAUUAUCCGUGGCAAUACAUUAGCUGCAAACAUCCCCCUCUACAUUUAUACAUUAUCAUUUUAUCAUAUCGUUAGUUUAUUUAAAGCAAAGAAACAACUCGAAGUAAUUCGAUUCCUGGAUCACACUGUUUGCGUUUUCCAAUUAAAGAAUGUCAAGAUGUGGUUGCGUAUUCCAGUGAACGGGCCAAGACCAAAAUUAAGGGAAGAAAAGGGGGAAACUCUCGAUUCGGCUGAACAACCUCAGUCUUGCCAAUGUUUUGUUAAUAAGUUUGUAAUUUUUGUACUUAAUUAAUUUAUACGGCUAUUUAUGUACACGCGCGUAAAUCGACGUCUAGCGAAGCUAGGCGAGCCUUCCAUAAUUUUAGACGUAUACUCUCAUUUCGCGAACGUAAUGUCCAUGCUCGGGAAACGAGAAGACUGCGUGAAAUUAAAGGAAAGGAACGGAGGUGAAAUUAUUGGGGGAAGGGUACCGGAAGUCUCGAUCGACUUCCCGUGGCAUCGAACUGUCCGCGUUUCGAAGAGGAGACCAGAGUGAAUUUCUCAAUGCUUCGAAUCUCCAGGCCGAAAUAAGAGGUAGAAAAGAGAAAAACGUGAUUUUAUUUUGCGCAUACAUAUCAGAACAAAAGGAAGGCGAAGGGAGCGUGUCACAAUCCUUCUCUUUCUAUUGCAAUCUUGAUAUAUAUAUAUAUACAAAGAGAUAUAUAUGUAUACAUAAAGAUAUAUAUAUUGUAUUAUUUGCUGGUAGGAACAACGUUUAAAUUUUACGGAUAGCUUAACGAUUUUUACGGCUACCGACGAAAUCCUCUUUUUUCCUUCCGAUCCAUGCAUCCUUUUGAAACUUACAAACUACGAUUAUUCUGUAACUUUACCCUACUUCAUAUCGUUGUAGUGUUAUACAAUAUACGAAACUAUUUUGCUAUGAUUCUUUGUAAACAUCCAAUCCGCUGAUCGGCUUUGCGACAUAAGGCGAAUCUGGCGACGCUCGUAGACUUGUUACUGACGUCGUUCUUGGAACAGUAGAUUAUUUACAAUUUUUUAAAUCCACUGGCAACUAAGAAAAGAGGAUACGAAUUUACCAAAAUGUGUUUGCCGGCAAAUGAUGAAAGAAACAUCGACAAUAAAAAAAACAACUAGACAUAUCAAUUUCUAUAUAUCUUUCUCUCGUGGUUUCAAAACGGGUAUAAAGAGAAUUUCAUUGGGUAAAGAAUGGAAGACGUCAGUAACGAGUCUCGAGAACCCAUACUGUAAAUUCACAUCUUCGAUCGUAACAGCUUGAAACUACGUUUCUUUGCAAUAUCGUAUGAAGAUCUACUAUUAUAAGUAAUUGAGUCUAGUCCACACAUAAAGCGAAUUAAUGAUAUAUCUACUAUGCUUAAACUGUGACAAUGUUCUCACCAGCGAAGCAACCCCUGCCGACAAUCUUGCUUGGUAAACGAAUUACCUCUCCACUGUACACAUGUAUCUAUACAUAAACCCGCGUUAACAAUCCCGAAAUCAUUCGUCAAUCUUCAAAUCAAGGUAAAAACGUUUCAGAUCCAAUUUUCUCAAUAGUGUCAACCAUCGUAACAAUAUUUUUAUUACAGACUCGAUAGACGAGUAGAAAAGAUUUCUCGUAUUUAUAUAUGUUUCUCUAAAGACUGCAAAAAAUUUUGCGGCCAAUAUCUAUUGUAAAAUUCCAAAUAACUAACUAAAUAAUGUUCUUACGAUUUGAGGGUUGACGCCUGGCCGCCCCCUUCUUAUUUGAUCACAGUGGUGAGAAUAUUCUGACAGUUUAAGCAUACAUGUAUAUUUACUGUAUAUUUAAAUUAAGGUAUCUUCUAACGAAUAUAGAUAAGUUUUAGUCGAUAUAGACGAUUCUCCCCAUAGUUAUCCACAUAGAUCAAAAUACGUACCUUAUUUUAUAGUGACCGGUAUCUGCAGACAACAUGCAAUUCAAUCGUGGCCCUAUCGAGUUGGAUGACACAAGUGGAAAAUUUGUUUAUCAUCGCGCGUUCUCUAUUUUAGAUCGAAUAUAAAGAGCGUUCGAUGGCGAUCAAUAAAACAACAUAUCACCGAGUGCCUAUUUCGAUCGAGAGGACUAUCAGAUCAGUGAGACCAAUCUCUGUUGAUUUCUUACGAUGUAAAAAAAAUAAAUAAGAGGAUACUAUACUAUUACGGAUAUCGAGAAGAAUUGAAUAAAUGUAAGAUAGAUACACGAACUUGAUAGUUGAUCCCCUCUUUUUCAAAAAUCUCUACAUACUAAAACAUACUAAAAUUAUUACUCGACAAAGAGAAGAAUCCUUAUAUAACAAGAUAUCGUUACACAUAUCAAUUUUUAAGAAAUUCUGAUACUCUGAAAUUUAUCACGAUAUCUCGAUUAAACGACGUUGUUGCUCAAUGAAAAAGACAAAAUUUACACUUUGCAGAUACCUGUAUCUCACUAUUUGUAAAAUUAACUCGACUAUCCUUGGGCUUAAGCGGAUGAGAAAAAUGAGAAAAAAGAAAAAGAUAAAAAAUAAACGAGAAGCCCGUUUUUCUUUCGGAAUACAUCGCCUCGUUCUCUGGCUAAGAAAAAGUGUUGCAUCCUGUUCUGCAGAUGUUCUUUUAUAUAUCCGAAUGUAUCAAAGUGAACACGAUAAUCAUGCCAAACCAAACUUUGACUCUCCUCGAUCACUCCAUCUAAUUUAUCUCCGAUAUAUUCUAUAGAACCUAAUUACUUAUUAACACUAAACUACUAAAUGCUAAGCUCUACGAAAUGAAAUUUUAAAACUGUAUCAAAUGUUUAUAUGAAAUAAAUUAUAAUAAUGCAAUAGAACGGACGUUCUAUCUUCUCUCAUCUAUACUACAGUGGAAGAAAGACCAAAAGUAAUAAAGA